AUGUUUUUCGUAAUGGAUAAAUUCGCUCAAUAUAAUACACUCUUGAUAAUCCAAUUCAUACAAUAAGCAUCUACUGGAAUGUUUGCUUACGGCUGCACAAAUGAAGUUUAUGAAUACUAUGUAAAGAAGAAUAUUUGGGCCUUUUUCGCAAUGGGAUUAGUAAAUGUACUAUUCUUUUUAGCUGGAACAGGUUUAGGCAUGUAUUUCUAUUUGUAUUCAAGCAGUGGCAUUUAUCAAUUUUAUGGUCUAAGCUAUGCCAUCUAUGUUAUUACUACUACUCUACCAUUGAUUAUCUCUAUAAUAGCUGCUGCUUAUUAUAUUGACGUUAAGUUCUUCAAGAAACCUCAACUAUUAAAGGCUGAAACAUAAACCUAAAAAGUUUGA